UGACGUCACAGAAGAGGCCGGCGGGGAAUGUCGCACUGCUGCGCUUUACGGCCGCGCCGCGCGACGCUCCUCCUUUUCCUCUCCUCGCGAAGAUGGCGGCGGCCGGGACUCUCUACACUUACCCCGAAAACUGGCGGGCUUUCAAGGUCCUCAUUGCGGCCCAGUACAGCGGCGCCAAGAUCAAGGUCCUCUCCAGCCCGCCCCAGUUCCACUUUGGGCAGACCAACAAGACCCCCGAGUUCCUGAAGAAAUUCCCAGUUGGGAAGGUCCCAGCUUUUGAAGGGGACGAUGGGUUCUGCGUGUUUGAGAGCAACGCCAUUGCACACUACGUCAGCAACGAAGAGCUGCGAGGAGCCACCAAAGAGGCGGCCGCCCAGGUCCUCCAGUGGGUGAGCUUUGCCGACAGCGAUAUUGUGCCUCCCGCCAGUACCUGGGUCUUCCCAACCUUGGGCAUCAUGCAUUACAACAAGCAGGCCACAGAGAGCGCAAAGGACGAAGUGAAGCGGAUCCUGAGCCUCCUGGACUCCCACCUCAAGACCCGGACGUUCCUGGUGGGCGAGCGGGUCACCUUGGCCGACAUCACCGUGGUCUGCACCCUCCUUUGGCUCUACAAACAGGUUCUGGAGCCAUCCUUCCGCCAGUCUUACGGGAAUGUGAACCGCUGGUUUGUGACCUGCAUCAACCAGCCGCAGUUCAAGGCAGUCCUGGGAGAAGUGAAGCUCUGCGAGAAAAUGGCCCAGUUUGACGCCAAGAAGUUUGCCGAAACCCAGCCGAAGAAAGAGGCGCCCAAGAAGGAGAAGCAGCCCAAAGAGGAGAAGAAGGCCGAGAAGAAAGAGGAGAAGAAGGCGGAGCCCGAGGAAGAGCUGGACGAGUGCGAGCAGGCCUUGGCCGCCGAGCCCAAGUCCAAAGACCCCUUUGCACACCUGCCCAAGAGUCCCUUCGUCAUGGACGAGUUCAAGCGCAAGUACUCCAACGAGGACACCCUGACGGUGGCCCUGCCCCACUUCUGGGAGCACUUUGACAAGGAGGGCUGGUCCAUCUGGUACGCCGAGUACCGCUUCCCCGAGGAGCUGGCCCAGACCUUCAUGAGCUGCAACCUGAUCACCGGCAUGUUCCAGCGCCUGGACAAGCUGCGCAAGAACGCCUUUGCCUCCGUCAUCCUCUUCGGCGCCAACAACGACAGCAGCAUUUCGGGCGUGUGGGUCUUCCGCGGGCAGGAGCUGGCUUUCCCGCUGAGCCCCGACUGGCAGGUGGACUACGAAUCCUACACUUGGAGGAAGCUGGACCCGGACAGCGCCGAGUGCAAGACGCUGGUGAAGGAGUACUUCCUGUGGGAAGGGGAGUUCAAGCACGUGGGCAAGUCCGUCAACCAGGGCAAGAUCUUCAAGUGAUGCCGCUCCCGGGGGCGGCCCCAAACGCUCCCCCAAACAUGGACCUCAAUGUGGCGGGGGCGUUUUCCGCGCCCUCCGCCAGUAGUAGAAACCCCGAGAGGAGAGAGAUUGUGACGGUCGUCAGGCAUGAAUAAAAAACCCGAGUGUGCUAUGA